AUGAACCACGGCAGCACGACCACUGUCUACGACUCGAAGCGCGCGGCGUUCAGCCUGCCCACGGGUCUUGACUGUCCACCGCCUCGCCUCGACUUUACCGACGACGACCGCUUCGACCGCCUCGACGACGACAACCGCUUCGACCGCCUCGACGACGACAACCUCAGUGCCCUCGAGCUCACGUUCAGCGCGGCCGACGUCCUGCUCUUUGCUGACCCAGCCCAGUGUGCUGCAGCCCCACCCGAUAGCAGCAGCUGUGACGCCGUCGACACGGCGUCGCCCCGUGCACCGCCGCCGCACUCGAAAAAAGCCUCGCGGAAGCAGGUGCACGAGCUGCAGGGCAUGGUCGACGCCAUGCAAGUGCAAGUGAACGGCGCAGCUGCCGAGAUCCACCAGCUCACGCAACUCGUGGGACAGUUUGCCCAGCAGCGAGCACAGGAGCGGAGGCAGCACGCGGUGGAGCAGCAGCAGCGGCUGUUUGAGGAGAACGAAAUGGACAUGGACCUCGGCGACCAGCAGCGGCAUUUGCAGGCACAGGUGCAGCAAGAGCGCGAGCAGUUCAUGCGGGAGCAGCAGUAG